UAGUGUGUCGACUUGAAAAUGGAGUUCGAGGGAGGCAGAUGUGUUGCAAGUUCUCAUUGAAUUUUAAUGGUGUUUUUGCAUUUUUUGUAUUAAACUUUUUCAACUCUGAAGAUUGGAAAUUUAUCCUCGGAGGACGAUACUGUAACUUUUCACCAUACCGUCAGCCGAGGUUGCGUUAAGAAUUACUACGUUUAAUGUGCCAGAUGUCGUGUGUUUGGUGGUUUUAUUAAGCGCUGGAGUUUAGUUGAUUGUUGCUGAGGGUGAUGGUGAUGGUGAGGAUGUUGAUGUUGUGGUGGUCAAAUUGUGCUGCAGGAAAAGAAAUAACGACUUCCAGACUGCUUUUCACGUUUUUAAUUUAGAUGCCAUUUCCUACUUUUAGAAAGAAAGCCGCGAUGCAUUUUUAAAGAUCUUACAUAUUUUUUAGACUUUAUAUAAACAGGUUUUUUUUUCCUGAAAGAAAAUGGUGAUAUUUGCGGUUAAUUUCCCCGCCGUGGCUCCCUCGUCGGUGUUACUGCUAGAAUUUGGAUCCCGGUGAGAAAAGAUGAGCGAAGAAUCGGGAAAUCCAAACAACGAUGAUAGUUAUGCACGCGUGCGAGCAGUGGUGAUGACCCGAGAUGACUCAAGUGGUGGAUGGCUGCCGUGGGGAGGGGGUGGACUCAGCUGUGUUACGGUCUACAAAGUCAAUCGUCAGGAAGAAAAUGGCUGCACCGAUUUUCUUAUCCAUGGAGAGAGACUAAAGGACAAAACAGUGGUAUUGGAGUGUAUAUUGAAAAAGGACCUGGUAUACAACAAGGUGACCCCAAUAUUUCACCACUGGAGGAUCAGUGACAAAAAGUUUGGACUCACUUUUCAGAGUCCUGCUGAUGCAAGAGCAUUCGACAGAGGCAUUCGCAGAGCCAUCGAGGAUAUCCACCAAGGUUGCCCAACAUCAUACAAUGAACCAGAAAUUGAUGAAGAUGGCUUACAAGUAAGUACAUUAUAUUGUUAAUGUGUGUCUGUGUGUGUUUCUUCCCAAAAUACGUAAAAUGACAAACCCAAUUACUAAAACCAGAAGGGCUCAUCCCAGCAUAAUUCUGAAAAUGAUCCUCACCCAGCCAAACGUGUGCCCAGACUUUGUGUGGUCUUUGUUUGUAGGCAUAACUGUAAGGCUUUCUCAGUAUAUUUGAAAAAUGUCCACUUUGUUAGUUUAAUCAGAAAGACUUUGUAUGUGUGGCAGUAGUACACCUAAAAUUGUUGUUACCUGUUUUUAUUUAUUUAUUUAUUAAUGAUUUAGAAACAGUGUCAGCUUAGAAUCUUUAAUCUAUGUGGUGACUUAUUUUAAAUGAUUUGUAUUGUAAGACAAUGGCAAUUUAACAUUGUUUUGGCAGGGGGGUUACAGUAGACCUAGAAAUACUAAGAUAAACUUAAUAAACCUCAGUGGCAAACAUUUUUCUCAGUGUCUUACAAUAGACCACUCUAGAAAUGACUGAUUUAAAGUUAGGUAGAACAAAGUUGCUUAGUUGUGUGGAUUUGGUAAUGAAACUCCUUUUUUAAACUUGGUGUUUGAAGCCUCAAAUAUCAGAUGAUCCUUGCAAAUUGCUGACUGGUCUUUUAAGGAUCACAAGUGUCUAACCAAUUAACCACACGAAGUUCAAGAGAUUGAACCGGUCUCUUUAGAAACUGAGCUUCCUUUAAUGAAAAGGUAUGGGGGAAUGGAGCACUGUAAGGUGCUGUUUGAAGUUUGUAUACUAGAAACAAAGUGAUGGGUGCAUACAUGCCCGAUGGUAAAUCAAGAGUAUCAAUGCCUCCUCACUAGAAAAAAAAAAACACUACAAGCUGAAUUUGAGAUGCUCCUACUUUGAAAGUAGUCAAAAUGACAGUAAUAGUGCCAAACUAUUUUAAUUACAUAGAAUUGUUCUAUCAGAUUUGCUGAGGGGCUCAACAUACUGGCAAAUAAGAAACCUUAAAUUUAAACUGGAUUAAUACAAUUAUAAAGUUAAAGGCUGUUUUGAAGUUAUAUUAUUGAUUAUCAUAAAAAGCUUUGUAAUGUGAAAAAUGUGAUUUGAUGUCAUAACAUGAUCAUAAACAAUUUGCCAUAUUUUAAUUAAGAUUUACCAUUAUGUGGCAUUUAAAAAAUGCACUUCGAAUAACCCAACAUUUUGCGUGUAAUGUGUGUUAUGGUGAGUACUAGCCAUACAAGCACCUUACUUCUGAUCCUUAAUUGGAAGAUUAAGAGAGAGAAAGAGAGAAAAAAAUCAAAGUGUAAUCUGUCUGGAGAAAUAAAAUGAAUUAAUCCAAUAAAAUCCUCAAUUUUCAAUCCGACACAUUAAAAGCUACCUGUGUUAUUAAAGCCAACAAUCCCGUACCUGUGGUUACAUGGAAUGUGUUCAAAGUGAACACCAGGUUCAUACUUUUGCAAGGCUUGACAGGUAAUGAGUCAUUUCCAGGCAGGUGUAUUGGCAUGAUUAGCCAGCCACAAAACCAUCUUUAUUGACAGGUUGUGAGGAACAUCUCCUCUUACUGGCCUGAGGCAAAGGAAAGAUGAGUAAUACACUUGGCAAGAAAAACCAAAAGAUGUCAGUUCUCUUCAGUGGCUUCAGGCGAGUGCUUGACUGUUCUUUGUUGGGACCAGGCAGUACAGCUUUAUGCCAAACUGAUUAGAAAAAAAGGGACUGUCCUUUACACACAUUGUCUGAAGUGGUUUUGCUUUAGGCAGGCAGGAUGUGUGAAGUUACCUUUGCUGCAUAGCAAAGGUAACUUCUGACAGGAGGUGAUUUGCUUUUACAUUGGUAAAUACAUUUUAUAGGGUUUGAUACACAAUUUACCAGAGGGGUCAAGUGGUACAUUCUUAUAUGAACGCCUAAGUUUCAUUACAUGUGUCAGAAUAAUUUGCACCUGUUUAUUCCAUUAACAAACAAAAAAAAACAAUGACAUGCCUUCUAUUGGCUUGCUUAUGAUUCCACCCUAUUCAUUUACAGUAUUCCAAUAAUGGAGUACUUUUGACUUGCAAAAGAUGGCAUUCCUCUUAUUUAACACAAUGUGCUGUAAACCAUUAGUGAGGCAUGAAAUAUUCAUACACCAUGAAAUUGGUACUGUAAAUGAGGUAUCUCUGCAUGCUGUGGUUGAUCACCUACUUCUAGAGUGUAAUUAAGGUCUCUUGAAUACAUCUAGAAAGUUUUUUCUUUUUUAAUUCAGGGUUCUUGAAAAAGCAAAAUAGUUGGAUAUAAAACAGAAUAUUUGUUCAAAAUUAAACUGCUUUUGACACUUUGGAGGCCAGGAUUUUUGCACAUCUUUACACCCUUUUUCCACAGUUCCUCCUUGUCUGCAAACACCUAAUGGAAAUAUUUUGUGUUCUUGUUUUUAUUGUGCAUCUCCCCAAAAUGUUUUAAAUUAUAUUUAAAAAAUCAUAAAAAAAAAAAAAAAAAAUCAAUUAAGCUGUUAGAUCAAAGAUCUAAAAAUUGUAUCUAUUAUAAUUGUACCCCUGGCUUCUCAUUUAAACCACAUCCCAAAACAAUUGUAUGGGCCCUGUAUUUAUUUGUUUUAUUUUUAAAUACAAUUAUAUGCCUUUUUCUGAUCCAAUACCUUAAACCAAGGGAUAAAAUAAUUCAGUGUUUCAGCAGUACUGAAAUUUUCCUUUAUUCAAACUGCCUUUUCUCUCAUACUGGUAACACAAUUUAACCUAUCCCCCGCUUCCUGACCACUAGCCCCCAGCAUCUACUUUCCACCCAUACAAUGUACCUAACACUCAUUUCCGUCAGGCUACACCCAGACAACUCAUUCCUAUUGCAUCAUACCCUGUUCAAAUUAGAAACUUUUCUGAAACCCUUCACAGCAGCAGUGAUUGGUUAGAAUUGUGCUUAAAUGGGAAGCAUUUCAUCACUGUACAAAUCUUUUUAUUAUAACAAGUGUAUUAUACAGUCAUCCGUAGUGUUGGUUUUGAACAAUUUUCUGUAAUAGGCUAACAGAUCAUGUAGUCAGCUCCCACACUAAGACCUACAAAUACAGAUUAUGGAAGGGAUUCCAAAUUUGAAAGAGGGAAGUUGCUGACAUGCACUGGAGCCUGCAGUUCUGUAGUUGAUUGCACUGGUGUUGGUGUGGAGAAGCCCAAGCAGCAACUUAAGGUCUUGUGGGAAUUAAAGUGUGACGAGGGAGAGCGUUUAUGGGAAGUGCAGUCUUUUAAAUCAUGCUUCUGUUUAUGCAGCCAUUUUAGCUGGAACUGAGCUGAAGAGGAGUGUUUUUAUACGUUUGCUGAAUCCUGAGCAGGUGACAAGACUCAAAUGAGAAACUACUUUUAAAAUAUUUGUUUUUGUAGACUAACUUUAAUCAUCCAUAAGAUUUAUAAACAACUGUAUGCUAAAUUACUGGAUUCUGUGAUUAAAAAGGGAUGAUGCCAUCCUCUCCUUUCUGAGUGUUACUCCUCGUUAAAGAACAAUGCGCAUAUGUGUGUGUGUGCAGACCCACGAGAGGACGGGGACAUUACAUUAAAAAAAAAAAAACUACAGUACUGUACACCAACUCGCUGUGCUUCAGUUGUGUAAUGAUUGUGUACACGGCACCAGUGCAGGCGCUGUCAAAACACUUCCUUUCACGCAAUGAUUUGAACUUUUGCAUUUCAUAUUUUACUACACCAAAAAGCUGAAAAAAAGGCAUAGCAAUUUUGUGUGUGUGUUUGUCUUUAAAAAAAAUAAAUAAAUAAAAAAAAUAAAAUAAUAAAUUUACAAAUUUAAAAGAACCCUUAAUUCUAUUAUGAUCUAUAAUUUGCUUAAAACAAAGUGGUG